AUGAUAAAAAAACAAUUGAAUAAAAUUUCGUCUCUCUAUGACCUCUGGGUGAUGACAGCCAUUUUUGUGAGAGGAUAAUUUGUUUGUUCAUAAGCCAUUGAAAUUUAUUUACUGCUAACAAAUUCUCUCCAAUCCUUACUGAUGGUUAUUCAUCCAACAAUAACACAAAUAAAGGAUUUCCAAAUAAACUCAUCCAUAGAUCUAAUAUAUACCUUCAUCAUUAGGAUAGAGAUUUACAUUUUCACAAAUUAUCAAGUCAAAGAAGAAUUAAUAUAUUUAUUUAUUUUUGGACUCAUAUUGAUAAGUAAACUAGGCUUUAUACUGCUAAUGUUUAUUUUAAAAAAUCAUUAACACUCAGAUAAAUUUGUGCAAUUAAUUUAGCAUCACUUGCCUUUACAAAUUUUUAUUAGAAUUCAAAGCUGCUAUCAACAAUUACUUUGUCCAAUUUUUAUUAUACCCUUUAACACUCUCAUAUUACUGUCAAUCAAGAGAAGCGUCUCUUUAAUCUAAGCCGGCUAAACCUUAUAAUACAUUAAUUUAACAUUAUAGAUUAUCACAUUCGUAUUAUUACAAUUAGAUUAAAUUAUGAUUUGCUUAAUCAACAGAUAACCCAUAACAUUUAAAAUGCGGCCUAUGGAAAGAUCCAAAGUUACAGAAUCUCAUUUAAUUAUAUACAUAUUUUCAACUAUCUCAGUCAUUUUAUUUGCUUUGAUGGAAACUACGUAAUCUAUUGCAAUUCUACAGUGUAUUUUAGUGUGCUUUAUUUAAGUAGUUGCCAUCAGAAAUUAAUUUGCUAAUUCCAUUUAUAUUUAUAGAUAUUAAGAAAUUAUCCUAUAUUCUGGUCAUCUCUUUUAAUUGCUCUUUUGCAUCCUUAAAUUUAUUGAGAACUUUACUUACACAAUUAAUUAUACCUUUUUAUUACUAAAUAUAACUCCUUUAAUUUUAGUAUAUAUCUUAUAGAAUGUCAACUAAGUAAAGACUUAACAGUUUCUAGUACUAUUUAAAUCUGAUAAUACACCUAAUAUUAAAGAAGUUAUGAAUGUUUUAAUUUGCAUACUCAAUAAAUGUGAUAUCGGUGAUCAUUAUGUAGUUAUUAGGUCCUCUUUGAUUAAUUAUUUCCAUUCUAAGUAAUGUCUACACAAAUAAUGUUCCUGCACAACUACUUUUUAUAUAGCUGAACCAAGAUAAGCGAAUGCGAUAACAGGAUAAAUAUUUAGAAACUUUAUAUUUGAAAAAAUAUCUAUCAUUUAGAAGGUUAUCAAUAAGAAGUCCUCAGAAUUCUACUGUAAUUAAGAAUUACUCAUUCAAUAUGCUAUAUUACUUCAUGAUUUUGGUUGGACAAUGCUGGCAGCUAAGGCUUUUAACAAAAUCCUUAUUAAUGAUACUGUCAAUCCUCCAAUUAAUUCAAAUGCUAAUCAAUAAUUUGAUAAAACGAACAUCUAAAAAUACAAUAAGGAAAUGACCAUAAGAUCAACGACCUAAUUAUAUAGGAGGUUAAAAUCAUUGGAUUCUUAGAAAGAGAAAGAUAAUGCCAAUGAGAUGAAAUUGUAUUUUAAAAUUACUUUAGGAAUUAUUGAUAGAGUGAGGAUUAUCCAACUGUUUAAUUAAACAAAAUGGAAUAUGAAAGCUUCUUUUGGUUCUUCUUUAUAAGCAGCCUAAUAAACAUUUAUUUCUGACUCUAUUAAUCAAUAUUUAAAUUAUGAAUUCAUCAUAUAAACGGUCAAAUAAAUGAUCAUUAAUCUUAUAAAUUCAAAAGUCUCCUUUUUUUCUGAAUUAAUUAAAGCACAAAAAUAAUUUAGUUUACAGAAAUCCCUCAAACAAACCAAUGACCUUUGCUCUAAUCUUAAUGAAACAGAGAAUUAUAUAAAAAUUUAAUUUGAGAAAUACCCUAGUAUUAGAUUACAAAAGGCACUCACAUUUUUUUUGGCUGAAUUAUACAGUAAUUACUUAGAAGCUAAUAAAAUAUACAAUUAUUCUAUUAAUGGAGAUCUAAAGUUCAUCUAAAAUAAUCAUUCUGCAUUGAAUUUAUCUUAGUAAUAGAGUGCAUAUGUAAUCUUAUCCUUGAAUGAAGACUUAAAGCAAUUAGAAGUGUAAACUAUCUCUAAUCAAAUGCUCAAUCUAAUAGGAAAACCAAAUUAAUUAAAUACAUGUUUUAGAGAAAUAUUACCGUUAUUUUUUUAUCAAUACCAUCCUUUAAUGGUUAACAACUUUUUAUCAACAGGGAAAUCUCGAUACUAUAGAAAUUUUAGUUCAAAUUUUGUAAAUUGCCAUGAUUGUUUAGUUAAAGGGAUUUAAUUAUGCUAUGAUACGACAUCUGUUUUUCAUCAUUCUCAAUUGGUUUUUGUUGCGUUUAUUUAAGAAUUAGUUUAUGAAAAAUGCUACAUCAUUGUGGAUGGUUUUGAUAAAAGUUUUGUAAGUUUAUCCUUCAAUUUUCUGUAAAAAAUAGGUUAUGAUGAUAAUUUGAUUACAAAAAUGGUGAAACAUAAAUAUUUGAAUGAAAUAUCAAUAUAUAACAUUUUCCCUUUAUUUGACGAAGCCUUGUAAAAGAAGCAGGAAGAUAAUAGAUUUUUGGUUGAAAAGCUAUUUUUUUUUGAUUAUUUAAAAGUGAGAAAAUCCACAAUGGUGGAGGAUAAGGAGAAAAGAAUGUCCAAUUUAAAUCCAAUUAUAUGGAAAUAAAAGGAAAAAGUUUUAUCCUUUAUAGCUAAACUCAAUAUAUUUGAAAGAAACCAUUAAGAUUUUUCAUAUUAUGUAAUAGAAAUUUAGGAUAUAUAGUAAUUGAGUGGACAAAACAACACUUUUGAAGAUGAAAUUUAUGAGUAAGAAUCAUAUAUAUCGGAAACAUCCAAUAUAAGCUAUAGUUAAAACUGCAUUAUCAGUUAGGGUAAUGAUGAUCAUCCAAAUUAGAUCUAUAUACAAGAUUUAAAUAAUUAAGCAUCUCUUUUUUCACCAUUAACUACCAUGCUUAAUAAUAACGUUGAUUAGAGUACCCGAUAACUGCAAACACAAAUGAGAGAGACUCCUCAAAAUCAAGUUAUUGAUAACUUAUUAAAUUAAUACGAGAUCAAUGAGUCUCCUUUAAAAAUAAAAAGGAAGCAAUAAUAAUAAACGUUUUAUAAUUGCAAAUUCUCUCAUCUAUUACCUUAUUAGGAUAAAUCAUCAAUAAAAUCAUAGGAACAAAACGAUGAUAGAUAAUAAUAGGAGGAAUAAGAUUUACACAUACAUUAAUAGGCUCAAUCUUAAUCAUCCGUUGCAAGCAUAAAUUAAUCUUUAUUUUAUAAAAAGUAUGAGUUAAUCGAGAAGAUAACUUCUUAAAAACCUCCCUUAAAAAUCAAUUAGUUUAUAGGUUUUUUAUUAAUUCAAAACUUGAUAUAAAUGAUUUAUUUCAUCAUCAUUUUAUCAUAAAUGCCAACUGACUUGGAUAACAGUAUUGUUGACAUAAACAUGAUAGGGCUUCACUCAGAUGUAAUGGCUCCCCAUGAUCUUUAUUUCUCAAUGAGAAUUACAUUAUCUUCUUAUUAGUAAGCCUUAAGUGAAGGAUUCAUAAAUUAGACUCUCUUUAAACAAUUAACAGAUCCGUAUUAUGAUAACAUUUAUUAAGGAUAUCUAGAAUUUAAAGAUAGUCUAUAUACUUAAUUAAAUAAUCCAUAUUUGUAGUUGUUUUAUAAUGAUUAUGAUAUGAAUAUCAGAUUCAUGAAGGAGAAUGAAACUUCUGUGAUUUCAAAACAAAUGACUUUUAGGGAGGUGCUAUUGGUUGUAUUACAAUAUUAAUUCGCAUAUGCGAAAAAGUAUGCAACGAGAGAAAGCCCAAGUGGGUCUCCUUUUUAAGUAUUUCUUUAUGCUAACUACUUUGAUUUGCAUGAUUUAUUAACAUAAAUUAGUGAUGAGAUCUUUGUCUAUUCAAAAGAAAGAUCAAACAGUGUUAAUCAAAAAUGGAUGAUAUUCUGGUUGAUUUCAAUUCUAAUCGUAAUUUUAGCAAAUAUGAUAUCAUUUUUUUAUUACAAUCAAUAUUUAGUCCAAUAUGAUAAGUUUUUAUAUCUGAUGGAUUAUUUAUCUUUAGAUCGCUUGGAGAAUGAAAUUACAAAAUUAAAAUUAAUGCUAUCUUAAAUUCUUCAUGAUGAAAAAAUGAUAUUUGAUUAUUAAUUUAGUUUUGAAUAUUGCCAGAAUAAAGUUUAAAAUGGAAUUGGAAAUAAUUCUUAACAUAAAAAAAAUAUUAAAUUAAAAAGAGUAUUUAAAGUAAGUAGAUUGAAGCCUGCGUUAAUUUUAUUAUUUUUUUGUACUAUUUUUGUUUCUUAUUCAACACUAGUAGAUUAAUCUAAUUAAAGCUUCUUUAGAAAGUAUCUAUCAACAAUAGAUUUUUUUAAAUUGAUCUCUGAUUUGAAACUUAGAUCAGGAGGUGUUCUGAUGUAAAAAGAGAUUUUUUAUCGAUGGGACAAUUUUACAUAUCUGACUGACAGUGAUAAACAAAAAUUGUAUAUUCUAAUAGACGAAGCACUUUCAAUCAUGAACUAAUAUGUUUUGCAAGUCAAUUCUUUCGAUUUUGAUCAAUUAAUUGUCACUCAGACAUUUAUUGAUUAUUAAACAAAUGUAUUGACUGAAAAUCUAUGUGAAGUUUUAGCAGAUAACUAUAAAGCUUUUAUGUACAAUUAAUGUAAUCUAGCCUUUGAGGGAACAUUAAAGGAAGGUACCAUUUAGACUUUAAAUUAUAUUACCAACUAAGUAAAAGCAGAAUAGGCCAUCAAUAAUUUCACUCAUAGGCUAGCAUAUAAUCUCUAUGAAUAAGAAGGCUCCUAAGUUAUAACUAGAAUAUUUAUACAAUUGAAUGAUUAGUUGUCAUAUGGAAUUGAAGAAAUAACCAAUGUGCAGCUACAAUUUAGCAAGUCUCUUUCAAUUGUUUAUUUUGUGAUAGCAUUAGCUGGAUUAUUACUAAUUGCAAAAUUAUUAAGAUAGUAUUUGAUAUUUCAAUAGUAUUUAAUAAAGAAAAUAGUUAACAUAAUUCCCUUACAGAUAUUGAUUGAAGAUGAAUCUUAUGAAAGAUAACUUAGAUUAUUGUUACAAUAAUAAGAAAUAGUUUGA